AUGCUCACCUACAAAAGGUCAGAUCAUCUUGAGGUGAUUGGCUACUCGGAUUCAAACUAUGCUGGAUGUGUGGAUUCAAGAAAAUCCACAUUUGGGUAUGUUUAUCUAUUAGUUGGAAGAGCAAUUUCUUGGAAAAGUGCAAAACAAUCAGUCAUUGCUACUUCUACCAUGGAGGCUGAAUUCGUGGCAUGCUUUGAGGCUACAGUUCAUGCUUUGUGGUUGCGGAACUUUGUAUCUAGGCUUGACAUUAUUGACAAUAUUGCUAGGCCAAUAAGGAUUUAUUGUGAUAAUUUCGCAGUCGUCUUUUUCUCUAAAAAUGACAAGUACUCAAAGGGUGCUAAACACAUGGAUUUGAAGUACUUGUCGGUCAAAGAAGAAGGGUAG